AUGGAACAAGCCUUUCCUUGUAUUUUCACCCUGCUAUUCUUCUUUUCUACUACUUGUCUAUCUUCUCCGUCCCGGUUACAUCCCUCGGUUGUAGCCUCGGUGUUUGAACAUCGGAAUUCCACUGCCAUAUCCGACUUUCGUGUGAUCAACAGAAGAACCUUGCUGCAAUGUCCUGAUCCCAAUCCUUUUCUCCAAAUUAAUGUUAGUAAAAACUCCAGCCUUGUCUCCAAUGAAGAGAUGGUCAGUGUGACUGUUAGUGGGGUUUUGCUCCCUUUGCCAAAUGAUUGGAUUGCAAUGAUUUCGCCUUCCGAUUCCAACACCCGAGAUUGUCCGGGAAGUAAAUCAUUUUACGUACAAACGGGUGACAUUAGUGACCUCCCUCUGCUUUGCCAUUAUCCAGUUAAGGCAAUAUAUGCUAGCAGCGAUCCAGCCUAUCUAAGUUGCCAGAAGAAAAAAUGCAGAAAAUACAAUGAAAAUGGAAGAUGUGAGAUCAGAACAUGCAGUGCCACCGUAACUUUUCAUGUCAUAAACAUAAGAACCGACAUCGAAUUCGUGUUCUUCGCCGGUGGCUUCCUUACCCCUUGCAUUCUAAGGAGGACCCUUCCCUUCCGAUUUUCUAAUCCGAAUUCUCCUUUGCAUGGACAUCUCUCCGCCUUCGAUUCAUCUGGAACUUCGAUGAGGUUAACAUGGAUAAGUGGGGAUAGUAAGCCUCAGCGGGUGAAUUAUGGGAAUGGGAAAUCACAGAUAUCACAAGUUACAACUUUUUCUCAAGAAGAUAUGUGUAGUUCUCCUUUUAUUCCAAGUCCGGCCAAGGAUUUCGGGUGGCAUGACCCUGGUUAUAUACACACGGCGGUGAUGACAGGCCUCCAGCCUUCAAGCAUCUCCAACUACAAAUAUGGAAGUGAUGCGAUUGGAUGGAGUGAUGAAAUUGGAUUCCAUACACCACCAGCUGGAGGAUCAGAUGAACUCAAAUUUCUUGUAUUUGGUGAUAUGGGAAAGGCUCCUUUUGAUGCUUCUAUUGAACACUACAUUCAGCCAGGAUCUGUAUCAGUGGUAAAAGCAAUGGAAGAAGAAAUGAACAAUGGAAGCAUAAACUCCAUUUUUCACAUUGGGGACAUAAGCUAUGCUACAGGCUUCCUGGUUGAAUGGGAGUUUUUCCUUAAUCUUAUAAGCCCUUUAGCUUCUAAGGUCUCCUACAUGACGGCCAUCGGAAAUCAUGAGAGGGAUUAUGCAGGUUCAGGGGACCGUUAUCUGAAUGCGGACUCCGGCGGAGAAUGUGGAGUUCCUUAUGAGACCUAUUUCCCGAUGCCAACCGCAGAAAAGGAUAAGCCAUGGUAUGCCAUAGAACAAGGCCCCGUUCACUUUACUGUCAUUUCGACAGAACACGAUUGGACCCAAAAUUCUGAGCAGUACCAAUGGAUGAUGACGGACAUGGCGUCCGUUGAUAGAACAAAGACACCUUGGUUAAUCUUUACAGGGCAUAGACCGAUGUAUAGCAGCACUCUAGGCAAUGUUGAUGACUCGUUCCGUAAUGGCGUAGAACCAGUUCUUCUGGCUAACAAGGUUGAUCUCGUCCUUUUCGGACAUGUUCAUAACUAUGAGAGGACAUGUUCCAUUUCCAACUCCCAAUGCCUGGCAAUGCCAGAGAAAGAUGAAAAUGGGGUUGACACGUAUGAUAAUGGAAACUACAAAGCACCAGUGCAUGCUAUUGUUGGAAUGGCCGGAUUCAGUAUCCAGAAAUUCUCACCCUUUGUAGCAGGUUGGAGUUUGAUAAGGAUUUCUGAAUAUGGUUAUGUCAGAGCACAUGCAACAAGGAAUGAGCUAAAGUUAGAGUUUGUGAAUUCAACAAGCAGAAGUGUUAUCGACGGCUUCCGCAUCACCAAAAGCUAAACAUUUUGAAACCAUUAAUCU